AAGAUACAGAUAAGAGACUGAAAGAAAGGCUCUAACUGCUGAGGUGGCACAACAAAUUCUCGGGGAAAGUCCAGACAUGUUUUCUGGCACUGGAGACUCAAUGGGACUUCUGGAAGUUGCCCGCUGCAUGCUCUAACUGGAAUAUCUUCCACUUCCUCGUCAAAGAUCACAGGAUCCCCUUUCCAAAAGAGUUUUGUUGGACCAGAAGAGGUUUUUGGAUUUGUGCGGGUUUCUCAAAGCAGGCCUUUAUGACCGAUGUUGCAUUUACAUUGGCUCUGCCACAGGAACUGUAAUCUCUAGUCUAGCGGCCUGAAUUGCCUCUAUUCUUCAAGGCCGUUCUUGACAGCACCCCGCUCUCCUAUCAGUCAGGGACAGCUGUGGAAAUGGCCUUGCAGCUCCCAUUGUUCUACCUCAUCUUCUUCCCACCAGUGUUGGCAGCUGACUAUGGUUUGCCCAAAUUUAUCUGCAGCCCGAUGCCGUUGGACAUGGAGCACGGCUGCCAGUCUGCCAGUCAGCAGCGGCAUGGACCAGCGGCUAACAAUGGAGCGAACGGACACUGGGUGGGGACUCUGGAAGAAGCCAAGGAGACCAUCUUACACUUGCGGGAGACAGUGGUGCACCAAAAGGAGAUGAUCCUCGACCAAAGGGAGACGGUGCGAGAGUUGACAGCCAAACUCAGCCGGUGUGAGCUCCAUUCUCGGAGGCACGUUGGGGAACACCUUGGUGUCCACCAUCAGGAGAACCACAGUCAUGGCCAUCAUGAAGGAAGCCACCGAACCCAUCACGAGGGCGGGCAUCGAACCCACCACGAGGGCACACAUCCUCAUGGCCACAGGGGGCAUCACGAGGAAGGGCAUCAGGGGCAUCAUGAAAACACUCACCAGGGCCAUCAUGAGGAUGCUCAUAGGUUGCACCAUGAAGAGGUCCACCGAGAUCCCCACGAAGGCAUCCAUCCCCGGGAGAAUGAGUACCAUCACUUAGGACAACGGGAACACCAUGAACUCCAGUUGGGGCACAAUACUCACGAUGCUUUCCGUAAGGGGGCUGCAGCCGCCAACACCAUGGAGGAUCCACCCAAGGACCCUACUACUGGGGUGCACCAGAUGGAGCGGAUGCUGGAAUCCCUCAAGGAGAGACUGGAGCAUUUACAGCACAACCGGAACAGCUCUCUUUUUUCCACAUCCCUGCGUGAUGCUCUCCAAAAAAAGAUAACCAUCUUGGAACAUCAGAUCCAUGCAAAAGUAAACACGACUGAUCAUGGUGGGUCAGCAGCAGCAGGGCUAAGGAACGCUCAUCACUCCCACGGGAACACUGCUGAGAAAGGGCACAAAGGGGAGAAACACUCUGAAAAUUUCCGCGUGGGUUUUCCUCUCCGCACCAACUACAUGUAUGCCAAGGUGAAGCGAACCCUCCAUCACGAGAUCUUUGCCUUCUCCAUCUGUCUCUGGCUCAAAUCCAGCUCAGCCCCAGGGAUGGGCACUCCGUUCUCGUACUCGGUGCCAGGCCAGGCCAAUGAAGUGGUGCUCAUCGAGUGGGGAAAUAAUCCCAUGGAACUGCUAGUCAAUGACAAGGCUGCCACUCUGCCAUUGGCCAUUAAUGAUGCCAAAUGGCACCACAUCUGUGUGACCUGGUCAACCCGGGAUGGCGUUUGGGAAACAUACCAAGAUGGAGUUCGGAGAGGGAGUGGAGAAAAUCUGGCUCCCUGGCACCCUGUGAAGGCCGGGGGUGUUUUUGUACUUGGCCAGGAGCAAGACACUCUUGGUGGUCGCUUUGAUGCCACUCAAGCUUUUAUUGGCGAGAUCUCAGAUUUCAACAUGUGGGGCCACAUCUUGACGCCAGGGGAGGUCUACAAGAUGGCCACUUGCACUAGCGACGUUGGCGGCGACCUCAUCAACUGGACUGAGUCUUCUGUGGACCUUCACGGAGGAGUGGUCAAGCUACCUUUCAAUGCCUGCCACUGAUGAGCCACGACAGAAGAGAGACUACUGGCUCUUUGGGAAGAGAGAGAAAUUUAGCCAUUUAACAAAGGGAGGGGCUGGGAAUGACUAUCUCAGGAUUUUUGGUGGGGGUGGGUGGGAGAUGCAAUCUGACAGUUUGAAAAAAAGAGAAAACGCUGGGAACAAAAAUUCCUGGGUUUCUCGGGGAAAGAGGCGGUGCUGGUUUCAAUACACCUGGGUCCUCCGGGAGUGCAAGAUAGAACAAUUUCAUGCAGCAAAGUCUUAGCAUGUAGGAAGGCCUGGAUUUACAACAAGAGUGCCUGCUUAAAACCCCACCACCACCUUGUGUUUGUUAAAGUAAGGAAACCUUUGGAGCAUUGGUAUCAGCUCUACGGAGCCAUUCUAUGGAGCUGAGAGAUUUCCGCAACAGAGUUGAUGCUCAGGUGCUGUUUAGGGUGCUGGAUUUUUGGAAUUAGGAGCUUUACUUUUAAUAUAACUGCUAACUGGAAAUUAUGUUCCUCCUAGUGGGAAGUAUACAUAGACCAUCUGGGACUGUUCAGGCCCUGUCUUGAGAGAAUUGUUUAAUUGGGGAGACGGCUGGAAGAAUGGGAUCCGCCAACCUUUGGCAAACCGAGUUGCACAACUGUUGCCUACGUGGGACGCUGCAGCCCCGAUAUUUGACUGGUAGCCUCCUUAAUGUUGCCUUUGUGGAAUAUGUUAGAAUCAUAGAGUUGGAAGAGACCCCCAAGGGCCAUCCAGUCCAACCCCCUGCAAAGCAGGAACGCAUAAUCAAAGCACUCUUGACAGACGGCCAUC